AUGGAUCCAAGGAAGAUUGAAAAUAUGAAACCAUUUCCACUCAAUGAAUCCACGUCAAAUAAUAAAAUUCGAUCAUUGUUAUUUGAAAAAGAUGCAAGUUUUAUGCCUACAGAGGCGACGCCAGCUAUGACAACUGAACGUGCCUCGUCGCAACUAAGUUCAUCGCUAAUGAAUGGAUUGGACGCCUUGGGUAUAAUCUCAUCACAAGAUAGUGACAUCCUAACAGACUUGAUUGAUGCUGAAUCGAUGUCAAAUGUAAAGUUAGCGCCAAAUAAAAGAAAACUUGAUGAUAUCGUUAAAGAUGUCAUUAAAGAUGUCGAUGAUACUGUUAUCGAAUCACAAUCACAUGACCAUGAUCGACAGGCUUGCAAAAAAGCUUCUCUGCCUGCUCCCGAGAUACGAUUAUCAUCCCUUUCGUUCAAGGCAAAACCACGUGAAAGUAAACCCAAGACCAUUUAUAAACUUAUUUUGCCAAGUAACAAACCGAAUAUCACCAGUAACGUAACGAAACAUUCUAAGUUCAAGAAAGGAUUGGAUAUACGCGUGCCUUCGCAAAGAGUGCCCAUCACAUCAAAAGAGAAAAAUCCUCUACCGAAGCGUGGGAGGAAAAAGAAAUACUCAGGCAACUCUACUUUACCAUCCUCUCCACCUUCCGACUCUCGUGGGAUCUUUUCCGGACUCAAUAUUUUGUUCAUUCGAAAUAAUAUCGACACUGUUCGCCUGGACUUGAUGAAAGAAAAAGUAAAGGCCAAAGGCGGAAAGAUAGUCGAUUCUUUCGAUUCAAAUGUUACUCACGUGAUCACCUCACUUCCGGGAAAAAAUGUGCACGAUGCCUUAGGUCUUAUUAGUAAGAAAUGCCUUGAGGGAGUUCUUGUCCUUCAACCAAACUGGAUAUCCAUGUCCAUUACUUAUAACAAACUUGCGGAUGAAAAUUUUUACGUUGUGUCAUUAUCGGAGGAAUCCGAUUUGAAAGAAAGCAAAGGUUCGUCAAACUCCCCAACGACUGGUGCAAAGAGAAUACGAGAUAAUGUGGUUGAGGAAGAUAGCGAAAAUAAAAGGAUUAAGAAGAAAACUUUAUCUUUAACUCCAGAAAGAGAUCGCUCUCCCUCACUAUCGCAAGAGUCCAGUAGUGAUAGCCUUACCCUUCUACCCAUAUUACCACCUUCCUCUACCGAGAACACCCACAUGAUCUCUGAUUCUAAUGACCCAUUGUUGGAGAUGAUCAGAGAGGCCAAGCAUCUUACCGAGGAGGGCCUCUACUUGGACGAGGAAAAAGAUGAGGGAAUUGAAUUUCUUAGGGGAAGACUUUUGGAAAAUGAGGCAUCGAUGUUAUUAAUUCAAAACGAGGUUAUUGGAAAUAACGAUGUAGACUUCAAUUCGUCCUGGGAUCCGACGUAUUUGUCUACAUGCGACGAGCAACUUUCUGGUCCUUCAACGAUUAGUUCAAAGCAACUCAAGGGACAAGGCUCAUUUAUUUGCAUGCAUAAGAAUACCUCGGAAGCGGUAGAUAAUAAUCCGAACAAGUCAAUUAUCGAUAAGCUUCAAAUCUUGCUGGAUCACUACCAGAUGAGAAAAGAUGAAUGGCGAGCUAUAAGUUAUCGAAAAGCCAUUUCUGCAUUAAGGAUGCGUCAUAAGCCUAUAACUUCAUACGAGGAGGCAAAAAAGAUUUAUGGAAUCGGAGAUAGUAUUGCAUCAAAAAUUGCGGAAAUCAUUGAGACAGGAAAUUUAAGACGUAUUGAAAGCAUCUCAAAGAAUGAUCGCGUUAUUGGAAAGUUCAGUGCGAUACACGGUGUUGGACCGUCGUUGGCCUUGAAGUGGUACGCCAAGGGAUACAGAUCGUUUGAAGACAUUUUACAGAACGUAAAGUUAACGCACGCACAGAAGGCUGGAAUUGAAUGCUUUGAAGAUCUUCAACAGCGAAUACCACGCGAUGAAGUGACAAGGAUUUCGAAAGCAGUAGAAAGCAUUGCUCACAAAGUUGAUUCAAGGCUGGAAUUAUUCACCGUCGGAUCUUAUAGGAGGGGAAAAUUAACAUGUGGAGAUAUUGAUAUCUUAAUAACAAGAAACGACAUGGAUGGCAGUAUUCAUUUGGGCAUUCUGCAAAAGCUGGUUGACUCGUUACAUGAUCAAGGACUCUUGACUCAUGACCUGUCUCAAUCCAGUGGUGAUGACCUUUCUUCGAAAUAUAUGGGCAUUUGCAGAAUGCCAGGAGGAAAAUAUCGCAGGCUGGAUUUAUUCAUGAUACCCUAUAAAGAACUCGGUGCUGCCUUAUUAUCCUACACCGGAAAUGAUAUAUUUAAUCGAAGCAUGAGAUUGCUUGCUAGUAAAAAAAAAAUGAAACUUAGCAACCAUGGUUUGUAUGAAAAUAGUUCCCAAGGGCUGAUUGCUCAGAGAACGGAAAUAGAAAUAUUCGAUGCUUUAGGAGUCCCAUGGCG